CCAACAGAAACUGGUUCAAGGAAAGAUACGCCUGGCUAUAUAAAGGGAAAACAAUUAUGACAAAGGACAAGUUGGAAUGCCGGCGUUGGGAACACUUUUCAAACAACACCAUAUGGACAAAGGACUUUAAAUUACCGGACUCUUCCCUCUCAGAGGCAAAUAACUAUUGCCGCAAUCCACAAGAAAAUGAUCAACCAUGGUGUUAUACGGAUGGCAAUAAAAGCUGGAACUAUUGCGACAUCAAACAAUGUCCGAACGAUUAUUGUUAUGAAGACGUGUCCAGGAACUAUCAAGGUCAAAUAGCGAUAACUGAGACUGGAACAGAAUGCCAGCGAUGGGACUCGACUUACCCACACAGACACAGCUAUGGAAGUAUGGCCUCGAAAUUUCCCGAUAAUUCGGUCAGUGAUGCCGUCAACUACUGCCGAGAUCCAAGUUCGUCUGGCAGACCAUGGUGAUACACAACAGACGCGAAGAAGAAAUGGGAUUGGUGUGCUGUCUGGAAAUGUGAGAGCAGCAGCGACGAAAAAUAAAGCAGAUAUCCAUGCAGCUGAUAUUCAUUGACAACUUAUUUAAUAAUUUUAUAAUAUUGAUAGAAAUAGUUUUUGUAAAGCUUUCAUUACACGUGCCCUGUCUCAGCAUGCAUUAUUUUACCUUUUUGUGAUAAGACUCCUAUAUGGAAAUCUUGAAUGACCAUUUCGACAUCUAUUUUGCAUAGAAAUGAAAAAUAAAAACUGAUGAACAAACAUACCUCUUUUUUUCGCGAUUUGUGCGAUUUGUUGCUCUUUUGUUAUGACAAAAACUUAGAAACUAAAACUAAGAAUUAGAUACUACAACUGAUUCUUGCAAAUUAAGGCUAGUUAGAUAUUUUGAUGACUUAUCAAUUUCAUUUAAAAAUACAUUUACUAAGCUUAUAAAUGACAUGAAUCCAAUGGUUCUGGCUAU